AAUGCUACAGACAGGGUUCAGGGAUGGAGGGUGGGUCCUCCUCACUGACCGUGGCUCCCAUGAUACCCACGUGAAAAGUGGAAGUGCUUGUUCUCCAAGGGACUUGACGGCUCUGAUAACCUGUGGCUGGAAAGUUCCUUCUCUGUGGUCAGUAGCUCUUUGUCCUCAUUCCUGGGCUUUCAGGAGGACGUUCUCUCAGUCCUGUAACAUCGAAGCCUCCACUCCCACCUCAAGGACCCACUGCAAACUGAUCAAGCCUCCGUUCUCUGGACACCCAGAGGAGCCCAGAACCUUCCACUGUGUGAUGCUUUGGCCCCUGCUUCUGUCCCUGCUCUGGGCAGGGUCUCUGGCUAAGAAUGGGGACUAUGAGCUCUCAGUGACCAAUUCGGUGACGGUACAGGAGGGCCUGUGCACCUUUGUGUCCUGCCAAGUCCGUUACCCCACUUCCAGUAGUUCUGUUUUUGGCUAUUGGUACCAGGAGCAGACCACUACAAGCCUCAACUAUCUGGUGGCUACAAAUGACCCAAAUCGAUCAGUACAGAAGGAAGCUCAAGGUCGAUUCCAUCUCAUGGGGGGGCCAAAUACCCAUAACUGCUCCCUGGAGAUCAGAGAUGCAAAGAGAAGAGACACAGGAGUGUACCUCUUCAGGGUGGAAGGAGAUGGAGCUAUGAAAUACAGUUUUGUGAAGCAGAAGCUCUCUGUGGAUGUGAUAGCUCUGAGUGAAACUCCUAACUUCCAAGUCUUACCUAUCCUGGUGUCUGGUACUUCUACCCAACUGAUCUGCUCUCUGCCCUGGGCUUGUGAGCGUGGGACACCCCCUAUCUUCUCCUGGAUGUCAUCUGCCCUUACCUCCCUGGGCCCCAGGACCAUCCUCUCCUCAGAGCUGAACCUAACACCGAAGCCCCAGGACCAUGGCACCAACAUCACCUGUCAGGUGACCUUCCCUGGUGUUGGUGUUACCAUGGAGAGGACUGAACAGCUCAGUGUCACCUAUGCUCCACAGAAGGUGACCAUCAGAGCGUCCUGGGGAAAUGACACAGAACCUCAGGUGCUGCACAAUGGCUCAUCUCUGCAUAUCCAAGAGGGCAAGUCCUUGCGCCUAGUCUGUGAGGCCGACAGCAACCCCCCAGCUGUGCUGAGCUGGGAGCACCUGACCCAGAAGCCGCUCCAGCUCUCCACGGAGGAACUGCAGCUGCAGAGGGUGGAGUUGGAGCACCAGGGAGAAUACACCUGCGGAGCGCAGAACAGUCUGGGUGCUCAGGUGGCCUCCGUGAGGCUCAGCGUAAAGAGCCUCCUACAGCUCCUGACACCCUCCUGCUCCUGGGAGGCUGAGAAUCUGCACUGCAGCUGCUCCUCCAGAGCCUGGCCCGCCCCCGUCCUGCGCUGGCGGCUGGGGGAGGGGCUGCUGGAGGGGAACAGCAGCAAUGUCUCCUUCACGGUCACCUCCAGCUCCACAGGACCCUGGGUCAACAGCUCCCUGAGCCUCAGCUUGGAGUUCAGUGCUGGCCUCAGGCUCAGCUGCGAGGCUUGGAAUGACAAUGGAGUUCAGAGUGCCACUAUCUUGCUGCUGCCAGGUCAAGAGGUCACAAAGGACAAACCAGAAACCAGUACAGGAGUGGUCCAAGGGGCCAUGAGAGGGGCAGGCAUCAUGGCCUUGUUUGCCGCCUGCAUCUGCCUCAUCUUCUUCAUAGUGAAGGUCCUCAGGAAGAAAUCAGCCCUGAAAGUAGUAAGCCUGACAGGCAACCAUCCUGCUGUGUGCCCUGUCUCCACGAUACACGGUUCCAGCAUGAUUUCAUCCAGCGUUUCGGGUCACUUGAAUGCACCAGGGUCACAGAGCCAGAAAGAACAGUCACCACUUGCCGCAGUCCCACACGCCCUGGAGGAUGAGCCUGAACUCCACUAUGCCUCCCUUUCCUUCCAAGGCCUGAAGCCCCGGCAGCCUCAGAACGCAGAGACCAUCAAGUCUGAUUACACAGAAAUCAAGAUCCACAAGUGCUGACACUUGCUCUGUGUGCCCAGCACUGGCUGGAGUGCUGGAAAGGCAUGGCUAAGGACAGCGUAUGUUAGGGGCAGAUUCAAGUAUCAGCGGCCCUCUAAACCAAAGGUUCUGAAGGGGGGAGGUCGUCUUGGAAGGAAUGAAGGUCACAGGAUUCCUGGGUUCAAGUCCAGAUUCAGUGUUACUCCCACAGAAGUCAACUUUUCUCAUUGUGCCCUCUCUUCCUCGUCUGUAAAGUGGGGUCAUAUUCGUGAGGUGUGUGUGACAAGGAGAAAAUGCAGUGCUUAUUGUUUGGUGAUUGUGUUGCAGAAUGCUGCCUCAGCAGUAGGGAGGAGCAUUCCGACUUUAUCACAUACUUGAAUUUUACUUGCAUAUCUUAAGGAACAUAUGUUAAUUCUUAAAGUGAUUCUCUUUUGAAGUGUGACCGUGUUGUAGCUAUGCGUAUCUCAGAUUGGACUCAUAUCAGAUGUUCUUCAAGCUCCGAAGCUCAUACAGAUGCCAGCCCAGACUACUAAACCCAGAAAACUAUCCAUUACAAGGCAUAAAACUAAGAUCUUCCACAAAUCAAUAAAAGUUGCAAACAAUCCAAUACAAACUGAUAUGUAUGAGUGACUAGCAAACAUACAGAAAGGUGAUCUACCAGUGCUUUUCAAUGAAAGAUAAAUAAAUGUGAUACAACUACCAAA